AUGUUCGACCCAGCUGGCACAGGGCCCACUGGUAAUUGGGACAACACUAUUCUCUGUGUAUUUUGCCGCCGGUUCCUGCUUGUUGCUAUGCUACCAAAGGGGGACUCUUCAGAGUGAGUUGAGCUCUGUGAGUGGUGUGGUAUGGAGGUUAGAGAGGACUGCAUUUCUUACUGACUGUCUCUCUACUCUGUAUCUGGUCUGGAAAGAAGCUUGUCCCUCUUGUCCAGUUCUACCCCUCAGGCUAGACUGAAAGUACAAAAUAUAACAAUGGCCAUGAUUCAGCAUUCUAAAGGUUAGGUUUAGGAUCAAGUUAGUGUAUUGUUAAUCUCUGAGGAAGUCUUAACCGUUUUAGUGGGGGUGUUAAAGGUUUAUGAUGGAUAACUGGCAGUUUUUGAAGAGGUAGAGAAGUUUUCCAAUGGUUGGCUUCAAAUGUUGAAUAUGAUUGGCGCUGCCAACAUACAUUGUAAAAUGCUUCCCAUUUAUGGUUGUCUACAUGGUAUUGACUACAUUAUGUGUGGUAUAUCUAAUAUGUGUUGUCUGCUUUGCCUUCAGUUUGAGAUUCAGCUUUACUCUUAAACAGACACAUGGGCUUUGAUACAAAAUAAUUUUUAACUGGUUGUACCUUCAGUUUCAGGAUUUUCUCUCUCAAUUAUAAAAGUAAAGUUCCAGUCUCUCACUUUCGUAUUUCCUACCCUAUUAUGCAUAAUAUACUGUGUACUGCCAAUUAAUUCAUAUAUUGUUAAUGAUGAAUCAUUCCAUUGUAGCAAAGUGCUCAUUAGCCUGAAGGCUAGCUCAUCAGGGGGAACAAUAACUAAAUUGCUGUGAUUCUAAAUGUCUCUGUUUUUAUGUUUCUCUUCAGCUCCCAGUAGUUUUGAAAGAAUACCAAAUUGAAAUGUUCAUGUAGGCACCAAUAAACAGUGUUUUCGGAGAAAGCGAUAAUGAUCUGAAAGUCCCACAACUUUACCAGUAAUUAUCCCUACGCAGUGUGCUGAGCUCUCCUCUGCAGUACUAGAUAGUGACAGUAGGCAUUCAAUGGCCUGUGAUGCGUUAUUAGGCUUCUAUCCAUCUAGAUCAGUGGCCAGGUCACUAAUGGAAUUGGACGCCGCAGUCGUGUCACAGUACAGAGAUGAGGGAAUACUUGGCCUGUGCAGUGGAGAUGGAUUCGCUGGCUAAGUGACCCAGUCAUUGACAUUCUCAGUGGGUCGAACAGUGCAGCCAAUGGGCAAACGGGGCCCACACUAAUGGAGGGAGUUAGUUGGGUUUUCCUGUGUGUGUGUGUGUGUGUUUGCGCUUCUAACCAUGGACAGAGACAGAUUUAUGGUCUUGCUUUAUCUCUGUAUGUGAGGACACAGUAGCUGUCAAGUCAUUUGAAUAUGUUGAUUGGGGACCUACGAAACUACGGUAAUCUACAUUGUCCCACUUGUUGGGAAGCUUGUUGUCUUCUGAAAUGAUGUAGCUAGCUGUGUAAUGAAUCUAAAACUCAAUGUCUUCCUCUCUCUCUCUUCCCUAGAGUGGGCCCAUCUUUACUACAUACAGUACCUCCUCCAUCGAGGUGGGCUAAGAUACAGUACCUCCUCCAUCGAGGUGGGCUAAGAUACAGUACCUCCUCCAUCGAGGUGGGCUAAGAUACAGUACCUCCUCCAUCGAGGUGGGCUAAGAUACUGUACCUCCUCCAUCGAGGUGGGCUAAGAUACUGUACCUCCUCCAUCGAGGUGGGAUAAGAUACAGUACCUCCUCCAUCGAGGUGGGAUAAGAUACAGUACCUCCUCCAUCGAGGUGGGCUAAGAUGAGUAUAACCAGUGAUGAAGUGAACUUCUUGGUCUACAGAUAUCUUCAGGAGUCAGGUAUGUAUGACUGCCAACCUCCUUGGCACACACUGUCUGUCUGUCUCUCAUGCCAUUCACGCUAACCUAAUUUUCACAGGAUGAAUGAAUUAUUGAGUUCCUAGCCGCUCUAUUUUAUUACUCUUUUGUUGGGGCUUUCUUUGAAGCCAGUCAUUGGAGAAACGCAUGAUAGCUCUGGCAUUACAAAAUGUAUCCCGCUGACAAAGUAUACUUGGUACGGAUAAUUGACUCGUUUUGCUGUCUGUGUUCACUUGUAUUUUUUUGAUAGCAUAACAUUGACCUAAAAAGUGUAGGAAUGUCUGUAGAUAUGUUUGUGUAGGAGUGAGAGGUUUGUGUUGCAGGGUCUCUGAUGUUGUCAUUGUACUGACUGUUCGUUUCCAGGUUUCUCCCACUCAGCGUUCACCUUUGGAAUCGAGAGCCACAUCAGCCAGUCCAACAUCAAUGGAACACUAGUGCCCCCUGCUGCCCUCAUUUCCAUCCUGCAGAAAGGCCUCCAGUAUGUGGAGGCAGAGAUAAGCAUCAAUGAGGUGAGCCCAGGGGCUCCAGUCCAGGCUGCUGCCUUGGGUCACAUUCAUUAGUGCAUACCGUAGCAAAACGUUUUGCAACAGAACACGAAAACGAGUGUUUUUUAUUUAUUUAUUGUAAAAGUCCACAUAGUCCCUCCCUGUUUCAAUCAGUUUUCUAUCGUUUGGUGCCUAGAGAAUAUGACCGUGGACUACCACUGUCAGAACAAACACACACUCUCCAUAUAAAUCAAUGAGGUUAUAUAAGACUGCCUUCACUAAUACAGUGAAGUAAGUUGAUCAAAAUCAUAAAUCAGUAACGAUACCAAAAUCAAUACACUAUUGUACUUGGUAAAUGAAAACAAAUGAAAUCCAGUUAAUGAAAUAGGGUGUAACCAUGGCAUGUUUGGUGUUAUGUUGGCAGGAUGGCACAGUGUUUGAUGGGCGGCCCAUCGAGUCUCUGUCACUCAUCGACGCGGUGAUGCCGGACGUGGUACAGACGCGGCAGCAGGCCUUCCGCGACAAGCUAGCCCAGCAACAGGCGGCCUGCACCAUGGCAGUCGUCACUGCUAGCAACCAAUUUAACGCACCAAAGAACGGAGAGGCCACCGUGAAUGGGGAGGAGAACGGAACACAUAUUAUCUGUAAGAAUUACCUCCUCUCUAACUGAGCCAUUUAGCUAUUGCUAGCUGGCAUUUUCGUGCUGUAAUUUAGCAAAUUAUAUCUAUCAAUUUUUCCUACAUUAUCUUGAUACUUACUAUGUGAGACAGCUGAAUCUACAUAAACUGGCAAACCCAAGCAUCAUCAACAUCACAUUGGUUUAUUCGAGCACAGUGUUUAGUACAGUUUUAAGUGUGUGUGUGUGUGUGUGUUGGGGGGUUACUUCAGAGCAGUGUGGUUUUCACUGAAUGUGAGGUCAUUAGUGACAUGACAUUGAGUGUUUGUGAAUUUGACCCUGCCUGCAUUUACCUUUAUUGUGCCUCCCUAACUGUUCAGAUGCUUCUAGAGUUCAGCCAGUGAAACCAGAGAGGUGUGGGUCAGGUGACGCAUUAGACUAGGGAGAAACAGAUAGCGGAUGUUUGUGUCAGCCGAUCCCACUGGAGUUUAAGUCUAAUGUGUGGGUGGGUGGCAGAACAUCAGGAAAGACUAUCUUAGUGUAAAUAAUGAUUACUUAUCUGAACAGACAGGGAUGCUGCAGCAAAAAUAAGUCUGGAAGAAAAACACAUUUAAUCAAUACUGCUGGCAGGAUAUGAAGAUGAUUACUGGAUUAGCUCUUAGCUGGUUGAGCUUUGACCCUGCACAGAUUGCUCCCUCUGCUUCUAUUGGGUCAACAAGUAUGUUUGAUGCGGUAAAUGAACAUCUUAGAUAACAGUUAUUUAAAACUGUUUUUUGACUGUAAAGUUUUGGAACUAGCCUAAUUGAAAUUCUCUGAUUUUGAAUGGUUAUGAUUUUGAAAGGUGAGAGGUUAAACACCUCAAAUAUUUGUCAGAAACGCACUUAAUAGAGGGAAACAGUCCUGAUAGUUUAUGUUUUUGAAGCUGAAUAUGGCUCUGGAUUAGAAGGAAAUGGAACCAUAUUUUCAGUCUAUGUGAUCUCCUGAGUAGUACAGUAGGUACUGGGAGUUGUGUAUGUGUCUGUAACAGAGUGUGGGUGUGAUCUGAUUACAGAUAACCACAGUGAGCCCAUGGAGAUGGAUCUGGAUGUGGAGAUCCCAGCCAGCAAGGCUACGGUCCUCAGAGGCCAUGAGUCAGAGGUGUUCAUCUGUGCCUGGAACCCUGUCAGCGACCUUCUGGCCUCAGGGUGAGUCUCACUGGGAUUUUUUUCUAAUUUAUGGCCUAUUUAUUUAUUUAUUUAUUUAUAUAUAUAUAUAUAUAUACACACACACUCACACACUACCGAUCAAAAGUUUUAGAGCACCUACUCAUUCAAUGGUUUUUCUUUAUUUUUACUAUUUUCUACAUUGUAGAAUAUGAAAUGACACAUAUGGAAUCAUGUAGUAACCAAAAAAGUGUUAAACAAAUCAAAAUAUAUUUUAUAUUUGAGAUUCUUCAAAUAGCCACUCUUUGCCUUGAUGACAGCUUUGCACACUCUUGGCAUUGUCGCAACCAGCUUCAUGAGGUAGUCACCUGGAAUGACAUUUCAAUUAACAGGUGUGCCGCCUUAAAAGUGAAUUUGUGGAAUUUCUUUCCUUCUUAAUGCGUUUCAGCCAAUCAGUUGUGUUGUGACAAGGUAGGGGUGGUAUACAGAAGAUAGCCCUAUUUGGUAAAGACCAAGUCCUUAUUAUGGCAAGAACAGCUCAAAUAAGCAAAGAGAAAUGACAGUCCAUCAUUACUUUAGGUCAGUCAAUACAGAAAAUGUCAAGAACUUUUAAAGUUUCUUCAAGUGCAGUCGCAAAAACCAUAAAGCACUAUGAUGAAACUGGCUCUCAUGAGGACCGCCACAGUCUGGAAUAAUCUAAUUAAUUCAGGGCUUGUAAAAUUAUACCUACACUAAAUAUAAGCCUUCAACCAUAAGACCCACUCAUUAUUUAAUUAUUUUAUCAAAAUAGUUUAACCUGCUUUUUUGCAAUAAUCACUGAUCUGGCUUUCAAGUUUGUCUAUGAAAAUGUAACCAGAGCCAUGAAAAUUAACACAGGUCUCAUAAACAAUCUUUCAAGCCCACUGCUAGUGAAUAGCCAGCUAAUCUUUAUAUUUAAAGUCUAGCAUACUUGGAUAUUUUUGCUUGCUAUCAAGGUAGAACAGUUGAACUGUUAUGAAUACACCCUCCUGUCUGUCUCCAACUGUUUGAAGAACAUAGCCUGUUCACUUUGUUUAGAUGUUGAAAUUAAGUGGCCUACCUGGAUAAAAAUAUGCUUAUUUCUCAGAAUGAGAACGAGUUGCCAAUUCCUUAUACAAAUGUAUCUUUUUAUGCUCAUUGCACAUUUCUAAAACAGACUAGACAGCUAGCAUGUAACAGCCUAAGGCUAAAAUGCUGCUAGCAGUACGUGGUACCGCAAUGCGACAAACUGAGCAUUUAUUUUCCAAAAUCAUGUUAAUUGAUACUCCCGUCGAGUAGGGUCCACUCUGUUCUAAAUUUUGUGAGUUAAGAUAUAAAAAGAGUACCGUUACAAAGGUUAAGUUCUUUCUAUUACAGUAAAAUAAUGUCUCAAUGUGGUUCUGUGUCCGUAUGACCAAUUUGUCGGACCAAACCUCAAAUGCAGUGGUGUAAAGUACUUAAGUAGGACAGAAAAAUUGUCCAAUUCACGCACUUAUCAAGAGAACAUCCCUGGUCAUCCCUACUGCCUCUGAUCUAGCAGACUCACUAAACACACGUUUCGUUUGUCAAUUAUGUCCGAGUGUUGGAGUGUGCACCUGGCUAUCCGUUAAAAAAAUAUAUAAAAAGAAAAUGGUGCCGUCUGGUUUACUUAAUAUAAGGAAUUUGAAAUGAUUUUUACUUUUGAUACUUAAGUAUAUUUAAAACCAAAUACUUUGACUUUUACUCAAGUAGUAUUUUACUGGGUGACUUUCAUUUUCUAUUAAGGUAUCUUUACUUUUACUCAAGUAUGACAAUUGGGUACUUUUUCCACCACUGCUCAAAUGCAAAUAGCGAGUUGAAACUGCGUGUUGUCGUAGAGGAAGAAGUGAUCUUUCGUCUCUUUGUUGUUGUGAGUGGCAGGGGGAGGGGCUUGGUGUCUGUGUGCUAGUGGGAAGAUGCACAGUGCAUACAGCACAGAAGGAGCAAAAGAGACAUGACCAAAAAGACAAACACUCAUAAAAAACGACAAAAAUAAUAAUACUUGAUUCUAGCGAUACAGGCAUUUAGAACAUCGCGCUAAAACAUACAUUUGAAUUAAUUCGAAUGAAUUUCAUAUAUCGCCCAGCCCUAGGUGAGUGUUAUGAGCGGGGUGAGGGUGGUUUCACAGGGCUGGGUCAGUGCUGGGUUUAGCUUCUCUGGGACUUGGGAGGAUAGAGCGACACACACACACCGCCUCACACACUAUGUAUUUACUUUUUCUUCUAAAUUCUACGUGUGUGUGUGUGUGUCCAGGUCGGGAGACUCGACAGCCCGGAUCUGGAACCUUAUUGAGAACAGUAACAGCAGCUCCACCCAGCUGGUGCUCAGACACUGCAUCAGGGAGGGAGGCCAGGACGUCCCCAGCAACAAAGACGUCACCUCACUAGACUGGAAUGUGAGUUCUCAGUGGUCCAUUCCAUCCACGUCUACUGUAUCUAUUCUCACUUGACUGAAAUGGUCUGGAACAGAACAUUAGAAGCUGUCUACACUGAGGACAGUUAACUAACAGUUCUGUUUUACCCCACAGAGCGAUGGGACACUCUUAGCAACAGGAUCCUAUGAUGGAUUUGCAAGGAUAUGGACAAAAGAUGGUACGCCGAGUUUUGUUGCAUUUUAAUUCAAUUAUAUUACAGUGCCCAAUGCCCAUUCUGAUUCAUAUUGUUAUCUAUGCAGAUACAUUAAACUCUUGUCUUUCACAGGUAAUCUGGCGAGCACCUUGGGCCAACAUAAAGGGCCCAUAUUUGCGCUGAAGUGGAACAAGAAAGGAAACUGUAUCCUCAGUGCUGGUGUAGAUAAGGUAUUUUUGAUUGAAUGCAUCAUGUCACUCAUGUAGCAAUCAAUUAAUAUUCAUUCAAGAAUGCUGACAGAAUGUUUUUGUAUACCGCCCAACAAUGUUCCCUCUAAUUUUUUUUGGGCUCUGAGCAAAUUUCAGGUCUGAUGAGCGCAAACUUGAACGUUGUGAAAAUUCUGUGCAACUUCCGGCGUGCGUUUACUGUGAACACUGAGGCUGUAUCCUCUUUCAUUUACUGUUUUAACAGUGGCCAAGUAGGCUACUGUGGCUAUUUGAUCAUAAUGUGGUCCUCUGUAGCUCAGCUGGUAGAGCACGGCGCUUGUAAUGCCAGGGUAGUGGGUUCGAUCCCCGGGACCACCCAUACACAAAAAUGUAUGCACGCAUGACUGUAAGUCGCUUUGGAUAAAAGCGUCUGCUAAAUGGCAUAUUAUUAUUAUUAUUAUUAUUAUUAUUAUUAUUAUUAUUAUUAUUAUUAUUAUUACCAGAGUGGCCUACCAUAAAAAACAAUGGAGAAAAUGCAUCACAUAACAUUCAGCCUACAGUAGCAGCCAAUGUGUGGUGUUCAAUGUAGGCCUACAUUCAUGAGACCUUUGAAAAAAACAUGCAGGGCUUGACAUUAACCUGUUUAUCCCACUUGUCCUUCAGACAAGGAGUUGACAGAACAUUUAGUUGUGUUGUUUGAUGCAUUAUUAUUCCCAUACCAAUAUUACAGAGAAUCAGACAAAUGAUGUUAACCUCUGGCUACUGGCUACUUAGCUUAUUCAAGCCUGUCUCAAAAUACAACACUGCCCCUUUAAGACAGAAAAAAAGCUCUUUGCCUGACUCGCUUUUCAAAGAUGGCUAGAAAUGGUCACACUUUGUGCUCUUGUAGGAAGCAAUCACUCCCACAUUUCUGACUACAAAUGAGCUAUAACUGGGCUAAUAACUCACCAACCAGCAAAGAAUAUGAACAAAUGUGCACACGUUGUUACAUGCAGCUCUCGCUUUGAUCUCAAAACAAGCGCAUAAUAAUCGCGACCGCUUAUGCUGUAAAACAGCCCAGUUCAAAGCGAAUGGUACAAAUCCAUAUAUGGCAAUGGUCUAUUUGCAUAUAGGCCUACUGCAGCUCUGAUUGGUUAUGGCGCACCGGUCUGUGUAGAGUAUGGGCCUGAGUCAUGCCUAUCAAUGCAAUAGAAUCCUACUCAGAUGCGCUCUGCCUACAACAAAAGCACUUGCAUAAUUCGUUUUUCAUACUAAGUCUUGCGUGGUUAGUUUUUAUUUUCGGUAUGUUGCAUUGAAAGUGGCUAAUAUUGAGUUGAUUCGAUCACAAUUCCCACAGUAAAGGGAAACGUUGAUAGUGUUAACUAACAGGGAAAACUCUAGAAAGUUUAGUGAAGUUCAAUCUCGUGCUUCUCUGCGUGGGCUGAUAUUUCUUCUGCGCAGCAGUCAGUCCCGGCGGAGCUACGUGCUCAGCUUAGAGGGAACAUUGCUCCCUAAUUGUCAAAAGUUUGUACUGUGUAUUUGCUAUGUAUCUAUUGUCAUUUUCCAGACGACAAUCAUUUGGGAUGCACACACAGGAGAGGCUAAGCAGCAGUUCCCCUUCCACUCAGGUAAGCCCCCUGUGUCCCGAACAGAAAGAUGUAGGACUUCAGCUUCCCGGCUGAUGUGAGUUAACCCUUUGCUAACCCUCCUGUCCCUGUGUGUUGCCUCCUACCCCCAGCUCCAGCCCUGGACGUGGACUGGCAGAACAACACAACGUUUGCCUCCUGCAGCACAGACAUGUGCAUCCACGUGUGUCGACUGGGCAGCGACCGGCCGCUCAAGACCUUCCAGGGCCACACGGUAAACAGACAGCGUCUACAUCUUACACUACUGAGGACAUAGUCACACUUAGGAAUUCUCUACUGAAUGUAUUUGCCCCAACUUCUGAAGUUCUGUAAAGUAAACAGGAUUAUGGUGUGACUAGUGGAAGGAAGAGCAGAAUGUCUUCUGUUGGUUCUCUACAAGUCUACGUGAUAUCUGCCAAUGUGUGUUUCAGAAUGAAGUCAACGCUAUUAAGUGGGACCCGUCAGGGAUGCUACUAGCCUCCUGCUCUGAUGACAUGACUUUAAAGGUAAGGCCAGUGCUUCUACUUCAGGCAAGAUUCUGGACACACAAUGAAUUCCACCUCUUUCCUAUGACCAUGAUCUAUAUGUCAAUAUAAGAAUGUAAUGAUUACACGGUGUGUUUAAAGUGUGCUGUGCUCUUCCCCAGAUCUGGAGUAUGAAGCAGGAUUCAUGUGUCCAUGACCUCCAAGCCCACAGUAAAGAGAUCUACACAAUCAAGUGGAGCCCCACCGGCACCAGCAACUCCAACUCCAACAUCAUGCUGGCUAGGUGGGACACACACACACACAGCCCAUAAGCUUGUUCUGGGACAACGUUGUGAUUUAUUAGUUGAAAAUGGGCAGUGUGUGUGCCAGUGAAGGGGUCUCUUGUCAAAAAGUGUCCCAGACAUCCUCCCGGGUCUAGUAACUGUCAGUGGCCCAGGGACAUAAAGCCUAUGACCCAAACAUGCAUGCAUGUUACAGUUCAAAUACCACCGGUAUUUACAACCUCUACUGGCAUCCCCUGGGAUGGGCCUAUAUUUCACUCUGGAUGUAAAACUGCCAUUAGUGCUAUGACUUGUGAGGAACUUGAUAGUUAUGAGGUAAAUGUGGCUAUUGUACACCGAGAUGUCCCCUGUAGCUCAGUUGGUAGAGCAUGGCGCUUGCAACGCCAGGGUUGUGGGUUCGUUUCCCACGGGGGGCCAGUAUGAAAAUGUAUGCACUCACUAACUGUAAGUCACUCUGGAUAAGAGCGUCUGCUAAAUGACUAAAAUGUAAAAAUGAGAUACAGCUCCUGUCUGAUCCUGUGAUUUAUUCAGUUCUUUCCCAACUUCUUUUUUAAUUUAGUUUUAAUCUCCAUCUUUUGCUGUGUCUUUGUAAAGUGAGAUUUGCAACCUAGCCAGAUUGACUUACACUACCUAAUAAUACCAUUUUGAUGAGAAAGUGUUAAUGAACGUCUUCUUCUCUUUUCAUUAACACUUGCUUUCAACCGUGUCUCUCCUUUUGUGGUGACAGAUGUUCACACCAUCACCAUGUCACUGAUCCUACAAAAUCACACGUCUUGUUUUGGCUCUGUGGAUCAGCAUUUUGAAUGAGAGUUUGUGUCGAGCACCAAAGCAAACUUAUUGACAUGUUUCUUACAUUUCAUAUCCUUCUUUCCAUGUAGUGUUGUUGUCAACCUAAGGCUGGAAAAACUACCUUGUUGCUACUUUGUCAUAAAGGUGUUAAAUCACCUGUCAAACCCUGUAAAUUACCAUUAGUAUGGAAAGAUCAAUGAUAGCUUGUUGAUAUGAACAUAAACUUAAACAAAGUUUUCAUAUAUUUCAGUUACAGUACGUCUUUGCAUGUAGUAGAUGGAGAACUGACCAUGUGCUAUGCUGUACCCCUUAGUGCCUCGUUUGACUCGACGGUGCGUCUGUGGGACGUGGAACGAGGUGUGUGUAUCCACACCCUGACUAAACACCAGGAGCCCGUCUACAGUGUGGCCUUCAGCCCCGACGGGAAGCACCUGGCCAGCGGCUCCUUCGACAAGUGUGUCCACAUCUGGAACACCAUGGUGAGUCACCCAGGCGGUCAUAACAGUUUACAACAGUUAGUUAGUUGGUCAUGGAAAACCCCUGGCCCCAAUGCAUGACCCAGACAAUGAGAUCAGUGAUGUUGUAAGAUCGAGCAAGCAACUAUGGCCAUCUAGCAGUCCUCACCAGAGUUGGUUGUGUUGUGGUUGCAGACUGGAGCCUUGGUGCAUAGCUACAGGGGGACCGGAGGGAUUUUCGAGGUGUGCUGGAACAGCACAGGAGACAAAGUUGGUGCUAGUGCUUCAGAUGGAUCGGUAAGUUGUCAUAUUUUAGUUGAAUAGGAUUAUCAUUUGUGUUUCAAGCUGUAUAUCAUUUGUAAUGAUCUGUUUUCUUUCAUUUAUGCAAGUAUUGUCUAUCACACAUUUUUGCAUGUUAAAGGGAUACUUUGGGAUUUUGGCAAUGAGUCCCUUUAUCUACUUCUCCAGUCAGAUGAACUUGCGGAUACCAUUUAUAUGUCUCUGUGUCCAGUAUGAAGGAAGGUAGAGGUAGUUUCGUGAGCCAAUGCUAACUAGCGUUAGUGCAAUUACUGGAAGUCUAUGAGCAUCUACUAGUAUGCUAGCAGAUACCCAUAGACUUCCAGUCAUUGCGCUAACGGUAGUUAGCAAUUGCGCUAGUGCUAGUUAGCAAUUCCUUCAAACUGCACGCAGAGACAUAAAAAUGGUAUCCACAAGUUAAUCUGACUGGGGAAGUAGAUAAAGGGCCUCAUUGGCAAAAUCCCAAAGUAUCCCUUUAAACCAAAGUCAUAAAAAGCAAAGCCCCUAAUGCUUUAGUUUUCGGGACCAAUGCUUUCAGAAGUGCAUGGAGAGGAACCAAAAUAUUCAGAAGCAUAAUAUGUACAGUGAGGGGAAAAAAGUAUUUGAUCCCCUGCUGAUUUUGUACGUUUGCCCACUGACAAAGAAAUGAUCAGUCUAUAAUUUUAAUGGUAGGUUUAUUUGAACAGUGAGAGACAGAAUAACAAAACAAAAAUCCAGAAAAACGCAUGUCAGAAAUGUUAUAAAUUGAUUUGCAUUUUAAUGAGGGAAAUAAGUAUUUGACCCCCUCUCAAUCAGAAAUAUUUCUGGCUCCCAGGUGUCUUUUAUACAGGUAACGAGCUGAGAUUAGGAGCACAAUCUUAAAGGGAGUGCUCCUAAUCUCAGCUUGUUACCUGUAUAAAAGACACCUGUCCACAAAAGCAAUCAAUCAAUCAGAUUCCAAACUCUCCACCAUGGCCAAGACCAAAGAGCUCUCCAAGGAUGUCAGGGACAAGAUUGUAGACCUACACAAGGCUGGAAUGGGCUACAAGACCAUCGCCAAGCAGCUUGGUGAGAAGGUGACAACAGUUGGUGCGAUUAUUCGCAAAUGGAAUAAACGCAAAAUAACUGUCAAUCUCCCUCGGCCUGGGGCUCCAUGCAAGAUCUCACCUCGUGGAGUUGUAAUGAUCAUGAGAACGGUGAGGAAUCAGCCCAGAACUACACGGGAGGAUCUUGUCAUUGAUCUCAAGGCAGCUGGGACCAUAGUCACCAAGAAAACAAUUGGUAACACACUACGCCGUGAAGGACCGAAAUCCUGCAGCGCCCGCAAGGUCCCCCUGCUCAAGAAAGCACAUAUACAGGGCCGUCUGAAGUUUGCCAAUGAACAUCUGAAUGAUUCAGAGGAGAACUGGGUGAAAGUGUUGUGGUCAGAUGAGACCAAAAUCGAGCUCUUUGGCAUCAACUCAACUCGCCUUGUUUGGAGGAGGAGGAAUGCUGCCUAUGACCCCAAGAACACCAUCCCCACCGUCAAACAUGGAGGUGGAAACAUUAUGCUUUGGGGGUGUUUUUCUGCUAAGGGGACAGGAAGACUUCACCGCAUCAAAGGGACGAUGGACAGGGCCAUGUACCGUCAAAUCUUGGGUGAGAACCUCCUAUCCCUCAGCCAGGGCAUUGAAAAUGGGUCGUAGAUGGGUAUUCCAGCAUGACAAUGACCCAAAACACACAGCCAAGGCAACAAAGGAGUGGCUCAAGAAGAAGCACAUUAAGGUCCUGGAGUGGCCUAGCCAGUCUCCAGAUCUUAAUCCCAUAGAAAAUCUGUGGAGGGAGCUGAAGGUUCGAGUUGCCAAACGUCAGCCUCGAAACCUUAAUGACUUGGAGAAGAUCUGCAAAGAGGAGUGGAACAAAAUCCCUCCUGAGAUGUGUGCAAACCUGGUGGCCAACUACAAGAAACGUCUGACCUCUGUGAUUGCCAACAAGGGUUUUGCCACCAAGUACUAAGUCAUGUUUUGCAGAGGGGUCAAAUACUUAUUUCCCUCAUUAAAAUGCAGAUCAAUUUAUAACAUUUUUGACAUGCGUUUUUCUGGAUUUUGUUGUUGUUAUUCUGUCUCUCACUGUUCAAAUAAACCUACCAUUAAAAUUAUAGACUGAUCAUGUCUUUGUCAGUGGGCAAACGUACAAAAUCAGCAGGGGAUCAAAUACUUUUUUUCCCUCACUGUAUUAUUAAUCAUGUUAUCUUUGCCCUCCAGGUAUGUGUUCUUGAUCUCAGAAAAUAGCAUCCUGGCAGUGACUUUGAAGAUGGACCCUGGAAUGUGCGGCAAAAAUGCCUUCAGCCAUCAGCAAACACACUCUCAUAGCUCAAAGCAGGCCUGACAACGUGGAGGAAAUCCCCAUAGGGCGGACACAGGAGACCUUUUAACUACCACAACCUACUUAAUGGCAGAGGCAAUCCUCAGUUUGUGGAUUUGUCUCCUGUUUGAGACCACAAAGAACAUUUGCUGGGUGAAUCAAUUUACAGGACUGGACUUAAUCCAGUUUAUUUUGUUCAGCCAUGUUUUAAGAGGUGCCUAAAGAGGAAGUGAAAUCAUGACCUCCUUCGUGGCCAGCGGCCCUGCUGUUAUCUGAAUAGGGUCUGAAUCAUGAGGAAGAGGGUUUGUACAGGGAGAGGUGUGAGGAGAUACAGACCAGUGUUUUGGGUGUGUUUGACAUCAAAUUGUGAGAGAAAGGUUGUGUUUUAGAAUUUAUCUAAGCACAUGUUAGUCCUAUGGUGUCCUGAGUUGAGAAACUAUAUGGGAGACAUGAGGAGAGUGACAUUGUUAGUGCUGCACUGGCAUUCUCAAAUGAUGUGAUGUUUAAAUUGUCCUCUGUGGAGAAUGGUUCCUGUUUAAAGAGCAGAUUUUUCACAAAUUGACUUCUGAAAGUCAGAGUUUAAAAAAAGGUGCCGCUAUGAGGUAGUUCUGUGCUCGCAUUUUAAUAACAUCAAGGUUUAAAAAAAUCAAUAAACUGCCAAGUUGAACUUUCUAAGUUUGAAUGACAUUUAAUUCACUUUUUUUUUAAGAUGCAAAAAGCGUGGUUUAUAAGCAUAUAUUCUCCCUUCUGGAUGUACAUUUAAUGAAUGUAAAGAUAUGUAAAUUAGAAAAAUACACAGACUUAUAUACUGUGUAUAUAUGUUUAUAUACAGUACACUUUAACGUCAUCUUCUAGACGCUCAAUACUGGCUAAAGCGAUCACAUUUUCUUUGCUGAUACUCAGUUCCAAGACCCUGACUCAAUUUAAUGCAUGUCAGAUAGAUUUUUCUUUUGGCGCCAUAUGUUAUUUUAUAAUGGCAAUUAUUUGUGUAUCAGGUUGGUGUGUCAAGUCAGGUGGCGCUGAGGUGGACUGUAGUCAUUUCACUGAUGGCUCUUUACACUUUAAGCCAUGGAGAUCAGUGCCUCAACGUAACUGUGUGGACCAUGGGUAAUGAUUAACGGGAUAAAGAUGGGAUGUUACAUUCUGUAUGCUCUACCUGAUUUGUCGUGGUUACCCCUGGCUCAGGUCUGGGAUGUGAAACAGGACCUGUCUGUAUUCAGCCCUAAUGACAACCAUUGAAAUGGAAAUCAGAACAGACAGAGAGCAUGCUGACUGACCAGGAGAAGGAUGCUGUGAACAUUUGUAUUAUGUUGUCUUAAUGUUGCUUUAGUAGCAAAGUGUCAUCACUAGUCAUCUACUGAGCUUUUCUAACAGUACUCCUCUGUUUGGCAGCGUGAUCCUUCUGGUGGAAACCGAGGUUACAUGCUGACUGAUCAACCAGGCUCUGAUUGGUCAAGUGGAAGUCCUGCUGUAGCUUCUAAGCUGUGAUUGGUUGAGUUGGGUUGAGGUCCCGAUGUUGCCACCGCCUGAUCUAAUUGGUCAGAUUGGACUUAUUAUUUGACUUGCCUGUAUGAUGGAUUUAGCUUUAAUUGUGUGCAGUAUGUCUACUUGUACUUAUCGUGGUCAAACAUGACAGUCUUUUCAAACUAACAAGCCACCACUUUGAGAAUGCCUUUUUUUCUGGUCCCUUCUCUUUCUUUCAGUCAAGCUCAUUUUUAGAGCACUUUUUCAGAACGUAG